UUGAAUGUUAAGGGGCACUCUGAUGGGUACAUUUUAUGUUAAGGUGCACUCUGAUGGGCACAUUGGAUGUAAAGGGGCACUCUGAUGGGCACAACUGUGUAAAAGGGCACUCUGAUUGGCACGUGAUAGAAAGGGGCACUCUGAUGGGGAAUAUGUUGUAAAGGGGCACUCUGUUGGGAGAUAUAUGAUAGAAAGGGGUACUUUGAGUGUAAGGGGGCACUCUGACGGGAAUAUCUGAUGUAAGGUGGCAAUGUGAUGGGGAUACCUGAUUUAAAGGGGCACCCUGAUGGGGACAACUGAUGUGAUGGG